AUGACGGUGAUCCGACGGUACACGGCCACCUUCACGUGUUCCUUCGAGCUGUACUCGUACCCGUUCGACGUGCAGGUGUGCGGCAUCGACCUCAUGCUCCCCGCCGACUACGAGGGCUACGUGGAGUUCUCGCAGAAGGAGGGGCAGGUAGUCUACGCGGGCAAGAAGGAGCUGGCGCUGUUCACCGUGAAGGGCGUCCGUUUCGCCGCGGACCAAGGGAAGGACCGGCUCAGGGGCGAGUUCGAGCUGCACCGUCGCCAGGGGGUGAUCCUGCUCACCACGUUCUUGCCCUCCGUGCUCCUGCUGUCGGUGAGCUGGGCGACGCUCUUCGUCAAGCUCAAGGACCUGAACGUGCGAGCCAUCAUGUCCCUCACGACUCUGCUCGUGCUCUACACGCUCUUCGCGCAGCUCUCCAGCUCCCUCCCCUCCACCGCCGCCAUCAAGCUCAUCGACAUCUGGUUCUUCUUCAUCAUCUUCCUGCUCUUCUCCAACAUCAUGGUCCACAUCUUCGCCGAGAGACUGGGCAGAGAGGAGAGCGCCGUCAAAGUGGAGCCCAAGGGAAGGUUCCGGGCGUGGCAGGCGAGGCAGCCGCCCGCCGAGAAGCUCCUGGCGGUGCAGAGGUUCGUCGUCAUCCCGGGAAUCAUCGUGAUUUUCAACAUCGUGUUCUGGUGGCAAGUGUUCACGCAGUAA